AUGUCCCUCCCCCAGCGGCCAGGGCCGUCGUCGCCCUCGCCUCGUCAACCGUCGUUUCGCGACUCCUACCAGCGUCGACGGCCAGACAUCGAGUCCGCCUCCCCGUCGCCCUCGCCCUCGCCCGCCGCUGAGCUCAGUCGCAAACGCAGCCUGGUGCGCCCUGAACGCCAUAGGAUCAGUCGCGACCAUCCAAACUACCACUACAGGCAGCAUGCCCAAAACAUGGCCGUCUACCCUUCUACCACGGGCAACGACCCCGUCUACGAGGAAGCCGAGAUCCCAGAGAUGGCAGACACCACGGAGACCGUCAGCUCGGGGAGCACCGGUCUCAAGAGCCUGAGCAAGCCCGAACGGAACACUACCAGUCUGGAGAGGAACCCCAGCAUAGACGUCAACUCGGUGCCGUCGACCACGGGACCCUCGACGCGACCCGUCAGGCAUGCCGACCCUGAACGCCGGAUGCAGAGAAAGCUCUCCCGCAAAGCCUCCAAGUCGACCAAGGAGGAGCGGCGUCUGGAGGAGAAGAGACGGCAGGAGAUGGAGAACAUCAAGCCGCCCAGCCUGUGGAACGUCUAUUGUGGUAUGGUCACCUUCUGGGCACCGGACUUUUUGAUAAAGUGCUUUGGGAUGCCUGCCAAAGCUCAGCGGAGAGCGUGGCGUGAGAAGAUGGGUCUCAUCAGUCUCAUCUUGCUCAUCUGUGGUUUCGUGGGGUUCUUGACCUUUGGCUUCACUCAGGUCGUCUGCAGUGCGCCGCCCUUGCGUCUCAAGAUCAACGAGGUGGAAGCCGGGUACAUGAUCUUCCACGGAAAGGCCGUCAACCUGGCCAGCUCUCAGCAUCCUGCUGUGCUCGGUCUCCCAGAUGGUGCCAACGUUGUUUUCUCUGGUGAUGGAUACGGUGGACAGGAUGGCAGCUUUCUCUUCCAGAACGUCAAUGGCGCGUGCAAGGGGAUGAUCACUCCCACGCCAAACUCGGACAUCCCUCACAACAGUGAUGGUGAACUGGGUUGGUACUUCCCAUGCGUCACCUUCAAUCAGGAUGGCUCGACAAAACCAAAUUUCACUACUCCGGAAUAUCUGGGUUACAAGUGCCAUACCUCCGGAGCCGCUCGAAGCGCCUUUUACAGUCUAGACACCACCGGAGAGGUGUACUUUUCCUGGAACGACCUGAGGAACAAGAGCAGAAACCUGCUCGUCUACUCUGGAAACGUGCUCGACCUCGACCUGCUGAAGUGGUUCAACACCAGCCAGGUCUCGUACCCGUCCCGCUUCGACCAGCUGAGGGAGAGCUCAGAAUUGCGCGGCAUCGAUGUCACCCACCGCUUCCAGACCGGACCCGAGAAGGCCAUGUUCAAAUGUCUUACCCAGAUCAUAAAGGUCGGAUCCAUCGAUACCGAGACUGUCGGCUGCAUUGCUUCCAAGGUCGUCCUGUACAUCUCGCUAGUCUUCAUUCUGGCGGUCGUCAUUGUCAAGUUUCUCCUCGCCCUGGCCUUCCAAUGGUUCCUUGCCCGCAGGUUUGCCGCGCCCAAGACCGCCAUGGACCCUAGCUCGAAGGAGCGGAAGCGCCAGAUCGAAGACUGGAGUAAUGACAUAUACCGCCCUGGACCUCGCCUGGCAGACCCUGCCUUACCGGACCGUUCCAGCAAGCGCGCGUCUACCUUGUUCCCAACCACUUCGCGAUUCUCUAGUCCUUAUAUGGUCGGGACGACGAAACAGAGGAAUACCAUUACCACCAUGUCCAGCCAGAAUAAUACCAACCGUCUGAGUGCUGCUCCCAUGUAUAAACUUGGCGGCAACGUGAGCCAGGGAACUCUCAGCGCAGAUCCACGACAGAGUCUUGUCGGUAGCCGGACCAGUCUGAUGGUUCCCGGACAUGACCCUCGCCAGUCCACUAUCAGUGACAUUGAAGGUCAGGGCCCAGCCGAACUCGUCCAUGAAGCCGUCGUGCCACAACCUCCAGCAGAAUGGCAGCCGUUUGGCUACCCGCUAGCCCAUACCCUGUGUCUAGUUACUGCUUACUCUGAAGGUGAGGAAGGUAUCCGCACCACCCUGGACUCCAUUGCCAUGACGGACUAUCCCAACAGCCACAAAACCAUUCUUGUCAUCUGUGACGGUAUAAUCAAGGGUAAAGGCGAGUCUAUAUCGACCCCUGACGCUGUCCUUAGCAUGAUGGGUGACCACGCCGUGCACCCAGACGAUGUCCAGCCCUUCUCCUAUGUUGCCGUAGCCUCCGGUUCGAAACGCCACAACAUGGCCAAGAUCUACGCGGGCUUCUACGGCUAUGGACAGAACUCCGUGGUCCCGCCAGAGAAACAACAGCGCGUGCCGAUGAUGGUAGUCGUCAAGUGCGGAACUCCCGAAGAAGCCACGAAGAGCAAGCCUGGAAACAGAGGUAAACGAGACAGUCAGAUUAUCCUCAUGUCCUUCCUACAGAAAGUCAUGUUCGACGAACGCAUGACGGAACUCGAGUUUGAGAUGUUCAACGGUCUAUGGAAAAUCACUGGCAUCUCUCCAGACUUUUACGAAGUAGUCCUCAUGGUAGACGCAGACACCAAGGUCUUCCCCGACAGUCUGACGCACAUGCUCUCAGCCAUGGUCCGCGACCCUGAUAUCAUGGGUCUUUGCGGCGAGACCAAGAUCGCCAACAAGUCCGAUAGCUGGGUAACCAUGAUCCAGGUAUUCGAAUACUUCAUCUCUCACCACUUGUCCAAGUCGUUCGAAUCUGUCUUUGGAGGCGUCACCUGUCUACCAGGCUGUUUCUGCAUGUAUCGUAUCAAGGCACCCAAGGGCGGACAGAACUACUGGGUCCCCAUCCUCGCCAACCCAGACGUGGUAGAACACUACUCUGAAAACGUGGUGGACACCUUGCACAAGAAGAAUCUCCUGUUGCUGGGUGAAGAUCGAUAUCUGUCAACGCUCAUGCUCAGGACUUUCCCCAAGCGUAAACAAGUCUUCGUCCCACAGGCGGUAUGCAAGACAACUGUGCCCGACAAAUUCUCCGUCCUGCUCUCCCAGCGUCGUCGAUGGAUCAACUCCACCGUCCAUAACCUCAUGGAACUCGUGCUCGUCCGUGACCUCUGCGGUACAUUCUGCUUCAGCAUGCAGUUUGUCGUCUUCAUGGAACUGAUCGGAACUCUCGUCCUCCCAGCCGCCAUCGCAUUCACCUUCUACGUCAUCAUCAUAUCCAUCAUCCACAGCCCGGUACAGGUGAUCCCACUUGUCCUACUGGCGCUUAUCCUGGGUCUACCCGCCGUUUUGAUCGUAGUCACUGCCCACCGUCUCUCAUAUGUGCUGUGGAUGUUCAUCUACCUCCUCUCUCUGCCCAUCUGGAAUUUCGUGCUACCUACAUAUGCGUACUGGAAGUUUGACGACUUCAGCUGGGGAGAUACGCGUAAAACGGCCGGGGAAAAGACGAAGACUGCCGGAAUCGAGUACGAGGGAGAGUUUGACAGUAGUAAGAUUACUAUGAAGAGGUGGAGAGAUUUCGAGAAAGAACGCCGAAUCCGAAAUGCGAAUGCAGCCAGUCACCAUCACACGAAUUCUUCCUUCUCGAACUAUGCGGCGCAUAAUUCUGUGUAUGGUGGGUACUCCGACUACCAAUGA